AUGGCAUCUUCGCUAGCAUCAUCGGUCUCAUCGCUACAGUCAUCCUUGCAGCUCCUCGACAACUCCAUCACUACGCUUGAUUCUGGUGUCAAUGACUUCCCCCGCCUUUGCAAAGUCUUGCAAACAACACGACACUUUGAGCUCUUGCCAGAACCAACUCUGCGCGAAGCCCAACAAUCUCUCCUGGACGAAAUAACACCGAGCAUCGCACACCUGCUCUCCCUCGCCUCAAACCACGUCGACAAGCUCUCACGACGCGAGGAAAGCUUAAAGGCUAAAUGUGACUUGCAAGAAGGCCGACUCUCGUCCAAUUCGGAAAACAAAACUUCCGCGAAAAGCAACGCGAUGCGGGCUCGUUCAGCGGGGUUAAGCAGCAGCGCUGCCUCGACAGCCUCGAAGGUCGCUGAGCUGCGCAGAUUGGUGCAGAAGAAAGAGCGUCUCAAAUAUGCGGUUGAUCGCUUGGAGCUGCAGAGUACCCAACGGCAGAGACAGUUGAGAAAGAGUAUGGCUGCGCAGUGA